UGAAACUCGUCAGUGACGGAACUAAAUGAAGGCGGAGUCGCCAGCACAAAACGGCUCGCUGUGAUUCAUUUGAAGCCUCUGCGCGCCAGACCUAGUAGUCCUCACGUCGGAUAUGGAACUGAUUUAUUUUCUGAUCAGUUGGUUCUAGCCGGAAUUGAAACAUGGGAAAACAUCAUUUUCUUACGUCAUACCCGAGCAUUGAAUGAGAGAGUUGCAAGAGCGCGUGAGCAGAGUGAAAGAGGAAGAGAGCGAUGAAGAGCUGUGUCAGACUCACUUUAAGGGACUGCGCCCUCCUUAUUCUGCGGGUUCAGCUGAGCUUAAUGGCACCUCAAGUCUCCGUGCUUGCCAGCAAGGUGAUGAUGGAGGGCUGCCCACUUGGCCAGUUCCCCUGUGGGAAUACAAGUGUGUGCCUACCACAGGUGCUCCAAUGCAACGGUCACAGGGACUGCACGAAUGGAGAAGAUGAGGAUCAUUGUGGUGAUAACAGUGGAUGGGCUGACAUCUUUGACCGUACCAUUACAAAGAAAGCUGAACCACAGGACCUCACUGAUGCCUGCUCUCUUCAGCAGUAUCCAGAGAGCUGCGACUGCACCAAGACAGAAGUGGAAUGUGUGGGGGUGAACUUGUAUGACGUGCCUCUUCUCUCCUCUAACGUGACUUGGCUGUCUCUGAAGAGCAAUGAUCUGAGAGAGCUUCCUGAUGAUGUCUUCUCUAAAUAUACUGACCUACAGCGACUGUUUCUGCAGAACAACAGCAUUCAUACAGUCUCCAGCCGUGCAUUCAGUGGCUUAUUUAGACUGCGAAAACUGUUCCUAAGUCAGAACUACAUCACUUCCUUGGUUCCUGAUGUAUUCAGAGAUCUCCAUAAAUUACAAUGGCUAGUGCUGGAUCACAACCCCAUAAGGAGCAUCUCUCAUGAUAUUUUCAGUGGCCUCAAGUCGUUAAUGUUUCUGUCCCUGGUGAACACAUCCCUGGUACAGCUGUCUGAACCGAGCCUUUGUAACUACAUGCCUCUGCUCAGCUGGCUAGAUUUUGCUGAGAACCACAUUGAGGUGCUGAAUUACUCCACUCUCAUGACAUGUAGUGAGCUCACAGUACUACUUUUCCUGUUUUUAAGAUCAUUGCGUGAGAAUAAAAUCAGGACUCUUCCUGAAAACACUUUUCAAUCACUUGGAGCAUUGGCAGAGCUGGAUUUGUCCUGCAACAGGAUUGCUGACCUUCCCAAUAACAUAUUUGAGAAUUUAAAAUCACUGUUGAAACUAAAUAUAUCACACAAUCCUUUGCUGCACAUUCAUGCUGGUCAUUUUGAUCACCUGGUUCAGCUUGAGUCUCUAGGAUUGGAGGACAUUGAGAUUCCUGAUAUACAAACAAAGAUGUUCCUCCCCAUGGGCAAACUUUCUUAUAUAUAUUUUAAGGAUUUUCAGUACUGUUCCUAUGCACCACAUGUGCGUAAGUGCAAACCCAACACAGACGGGAUCUCUUCAUUUGAGGACCUAUUGGCCAACAUGAUCCUAAGAGUGUCCGUCUGGGUUAUGGCCUUCAUCACCUGCUUUGGAAAUCUCUUUGUUAUUGGAAUGCGAUCAUGCAUUCGUGCAGAAAACCACCUGCAUGCAGUGUGCAUCAAAGUCCUGUGCUGUGCAGACUGUCUGAUGGGUGUCUACCUGUUCUUUUUGGGGGUGUUUGACAUGAAGUUCCGUGGUGAAUACAAUCGGAAUGCACUGCUGUGGAUGGAGAGCCAGGAAUGCCGCACCAUUGGCUUCCUGUCCAUGCUGUCUUCCGAAGUGUCCGUGCUCCUCCUCACGUACCUGACUCUGGAAAAGUUUCUGGUCAUUGUGUUCCCCUUCAGUCAUCUACGACCUGGGAAGCUGCAGACUGGUGUGGUGCUUGUCUCCAUCUGGCUGCUAGGAUUGCUUAUAGCUGGUGUCCCUCUGCUAAGUGAUGACCUUUUUGGCAACUACUACGGACGCAAUGGAGUCUGCUUCCCCUUGCAUUCUGAUAGGCUUGAGAAGCCCACCGCGAAGGGUUACUCUACAGGAAUAUUCCUUGGACUGAACCUGCUGGCUUUCCUAGUCAUUGUCUUCUGCUACUCCAGUAUGUUCUACUCCAUCUAUAAGACCGGUAUCAACACCACAGAUGUGCGUAAUCGCUUGCACAAAGAUGUGGCUGUGGCCAAUCGCUUCUUUUUCAUUGUGUUCUCUGAUGCCCUCUGCUGGAUUCCAAUAUUCCUGGUCAAAACGUUUUCCCUUCUGAAGAUGGAGAUACCAGGCACUAUAAACUCUUGGGUAGUGAUCUUCAUCCUGCCCAUUAACAGCGCUCUGAACCCCAUCCUCUACACACUGACCACCAGCUUCUUCAGGGAGCAGGUGGAGCUGUUACUGUGCCGCUGGCAACGCAGUUCGUCCUUAAUGAAAGACCGCAAGAGCCUCACCAGCACCACAAUCUACAUGGAUCCUUCCAGGCAUACAUUCUACCAUUCGAAAGGCAAAAUGUCUCGGGUCACCUAUCCAGAUGCGGAUGCCCAGUAUGACUGAUGGAGCAGAAAAGUGCUGACUUUGUCAUCAACCCCAUCAGCAUUCCAUGGGAAUUGAACGCUGUACUAUACAAAACACAACUGGGGAAUAUUGGUUGGCAAGUAGGUUCUAGGUAGCAGUGUGGCCCUAGAUUCAUUUUUCUCCCAGAAGGAUGAAUACAGAAAAAGGUGGCUAAUGUACAAAAGUGAAAAAAGGGGAAUUGUAUUUGUUGUCUCCAUCAAUGCAGACUAAAUGGCAAUGGCCAGCAUCUUAACGAAGAAGAGUAAAAAAAGCAGAGAUACAUAAGGAGAUCAGCUGCUCUUCACACAGGUCCAGUACGCUGUGUGUCAGUAGGCCACUUGAAAUUUCAAAUGAAUGCUCUUGAGCCAUUUCUUCAAGCUUUCUAAAAUGAAUGACCUGUGGAGGAUUUCUUUUACACAUGUACAUUAUUUAAGACCAAUUUCUGAUGAAUUUAUCUGAAAUUGUAAAAAAUCAUCUAACUGAAUACUGUACAGUUCACAAAUGGAACUGUACUACACUAUACAAUUCACAAAAUUCUGAAUGCAUUUAUAACCAGUGUUUGGUAAGUUACUCAAAAAAAAGGAAUCCACUACAGAUUACUACUUAAAAAUUGUAAUUCGAUUACAUUACUGGUUACUGCAUGUAAAAAGUAAUCAGAUUACUAAUUACUUCCAAGUUACUUUCAAACCCUACAAAAAUGCACUACAAAGUGAAGCUCAUAGUUCUUUCAGUAAUUUUAGAGUGUCUAUGCAUGACAUGAUCAGUAAAAGUUGGAUUUAUCAUAAAAUUUGCCUUGGGUGUUCACUGUUUGUAGAAUUACCAGAAGGAUAAAAAUUUAAAACUUUUCUAACUAGGCUAGUUUGGUGUCUCUAGCCAAAGGGGAGGCACAGCUAAGCUAUCAUUAACAACAUUUCCAUCCAAGGGUGUUUUUUUUAAAGGUUAAAAGGCUUAGAAUGUUUAAAACAUUAAAAUGUUUACAGAUAUAGCUGAUGGAAAUGCAAAUUAUCGAUAAAGUUUCACAAGUGUUGACAUAAUAUUUUUCAUUUUAACGCAUAAACUCUAUGUUGAUACGUUAAAUGUAACAUGACGGAAUUUAUCCAUCAGUCAGGGGUAGAAUAGGGGUGUGUGCGCCAUCCAGCGCACUGCAAACACGUGACAAGAUGCAGCAAGGAAUUACUGUUUGUAGUUUCAUUAGCCUCCGUUACAUUCAGCAGCCUGAUAUAAUACGAUAUUCAUUUUUGUUUAAUAGCUGUGCACACACACAUACAAAUCCAUGGACAGUCAUUUUACUAACCCUGAAAGUUUCCCCCACUACACUGUACUUGGCACAGGAUGCCAGCUUGAGCAAGCAGAGAGCAACCCGCAUUCUGGUCAGAACUGGUGGUUGGUGGCAACCUGCGAUGAGCUCAGCUCUCCAACACUACCUCCACCAUGGGCAGGGCCGGAGUGGGACCCAUUUUCAGCUCCGAAGUUUAAUGCCCAAGACCAGUCCAUUGUUUUUCGUGGUGGAAGAACUUUGAUAAAUUAAGUGACAGUUCAUACUAUCUCGUUAUAUUUAUUACUGUUGAUCAACAAGAAUACAAGGAUAAAUAACAAAUGACAUACUGAGUAUUGUUUUCUGCUACAAAAACUCCAAAUGUAAUAUUAUGAAAAAACAAAUGUUUGUUGGCAUUUAAACAAAUAUGAAGUAUUUCAGUAAGUAGUAUACUUUUUUGGCAGCUCGUGCCAUGGCAUGUGAUGACUGUUUGUUUAUUUCUCCACUGCUCCAUGUUGGUAACAACACGUGUACGUGCACGUGUGUGUAUGUGAGUGACAGAGCACGCUCGCUGUAUAGAGUUAAUUUUGUGCCAAAACUAAAAUAAAUAUAGCAUUUUGCAAACAAACACAAUCUGCUUUGCAAAGGAAAACAUGCUUUGCAAACUCUCAAACAAGUAGAAAGCAAUUCUCACAUUCUGCCUUGAUUUUCUCAUAAAUGCGUCCCCUUGAUUUUCUAACAAAUGCAUCUAAGCAACAUCCUCUUCCAGCCCAAAAGAUUACGCUGUCGGUCAAUUUACACUAGACUCCGGAGAGAAGCAUUUAGCUGCUACAGUGCCAUUUCCUUAUGCUCUGCUCGUAUCAUGUUCAUGUAAACUAGAACGCAGACAUAUACACACCUUGUUUUCCUACUCAGCAUCAGAGGAUGUUACUGUUUCAGUUUCAACCCCUUUACUGGUUUAAAAAAAUAAAUAAAUCUGUGUACAUACAUUUUCCCCUUACACUGACUGUGUGAGCUAGUGUUUGGCAGAAUUGAGAGCUGUCAGCCAAUAAGACACAAGUGUUACCCUGUCUGAUUGGCCUUGCCUCUGUUCACUAAAGAUAUAAAAUUACAACACCGCCAUCUUCUUUUACUAGUGUUCAGUUACAUAGUGACAAACCACUCCAAGUGGAGAAUUAUUUGGGGCUAAAGAAAAGAAUCUUUGGGGCUACAGACCCCAAUGCCCAGGCCAGUUUUCACCCCUGGCAGCUGUGCAAAAUGUGAUUUAUUUUAAAAAUGCAUUUUACUUAAUAUUGUUUUCUUAACAAUAAAUUUGUAAUGCAAGUAACAAUUUUACUGACAUUAGCAACUGUAAUCUAAUUACAUAAAUUUAAAAUGUCAUGUGUUACAUUACUGUGUUAUCAGAAAAUGUCAUUAGAUUGCAGUAAUGCUUUUUGUUGUGGCACACCAAAGGAUCUUUGUAGACCAUUUACAGUCAUUUAGACCAUUUACUUCAGCUUUGUACUGUGUAUGAACAACAGCUGCACCUUUUACAUUUUACAAGUAGCAUUUUAUUUUAUUUUUUUUGCUGCUGUACUAAAUAGGCAUAAGCACUCACUGAUGCUCUAAUUGUUUACAAGUUAUUUGUUAAUGUAAUGAAACCCAAAUGUGUUAUUCUGUGCUAAUAAUACACUCUUACAAAUAAAGGGUCUUCAGUGGUUCUUUACAGCACCAUACACUCUAAAAAAUGCUGGGUUAUUUUUUUCUACCAAAACGCUGGGUUGAGCCUUUUGGGUCAUUUAAUUGGGUGAUUUUCUCAGUCUUGGGUAGAUUUGUGUAACCCACCUGCUGGGUUAUGGCUGGGUUAUUUUCACUGACAGUUGAAUCAAUGCACCCCUCCCCAUCCCGACACCUCAGCCCAGCUCCUUGGAUCAAAUCAACUCAGCGUGGACUGAAUUUGCCUUAGGUGGAGGUAGAUGUUUUCACAUGGACAGACUUAGAUUUAUUUGGAUAAACAAGGUUCGUAUCAGUAUAUUUAUUCAUAAAACCAUUACUGUACACUAAAAAAGCAAAAAUGUGCAAUAACAGUGCAGUUUACAUGACAUUAAAUGCACCGUUACUGUAUCUUUGUUAACUUUGGCUUAUUUGUUUGUAAUGCCAACUGGAUUGUAAGUUGGUUACUCAGUUUUUUGGAUGUUUGAUCAAAAUCUGACGUUUAUGUCAUUUUUAUGACAUUUAUUUCGAAGUCUAUAUACACCACUUUAGCAGCUCUAGAAAUACAUUUCUGAAGAGCUUGUGUAUAAAUAAAGGACAUACUAUGUUGACAUACAGUAUUUGUUUUUAAUGUGGUUUAUUUGACAUUUUCAAAGGGCAUAAAUAAUCCUGAAAAUAUUAAGCCAUUUAUUAAAUAAAAUUAAUGCAGUGUUUUUGUAAAAAUUGAAGCACUCUUUGGGUUGAAAAAGAACCCAUUUGCUGGGUUAAAAUGAACAACCCAACUUGAUGGGUUAGUUUAACUCAAAAUGUGUUCUGUCAUAUAUUUACCCAGAUGUUGGGCUAAAAAAUAACCCAAUUUGGGUUGUUUUUAUCCCAGUGUUUUUAGAGUGUAGGUUCUGCAAAGAACCUUCUUGUCACAAACCAUAUUUCAUUGUAUAGGCUUCUUGAGUUGAGCUGUAUGGUUCUUUGGAGAUUAGAGAAGUAUUUUAUGCUUCCUAAUAUAUUCUUCAGAGCCGUGUAUUGGUUCUUCAAGAUAUUAUCCUUUAACAAGUUAAAGUGAACCCUAUUCAUUUCUUUGUGGGACUGGAAAUGGUUCUACUAGCAAGAACCAUAUUUUGGUUGCUUAAAGUACUAACUAAGAAUUUUACGAUAACAUAGUUCCUUGUUGCAUUGCUGUCAAGAGCCAUUUCUGGGUUCUUUAAAGCACCAGUAAAUAGAUGGUUCUCUAAAGAGAGUAAAAUGUUUUUUGUGCAACUUUCUCCUAUGACAUCAGGCUAAAAAAAACCAUUUUGGUUCUAAUUGGAACCUUUAUGUUUAAGAGUGUACAGUAAUAAUAUGUUGUAUGUGUUUAUGUUUAAAUGUUUGUCAUUGCCAUCUCUUAUGUCCCUCAUCAUAUUUUGCAUUGAACUCCUCCCAUUUGUCAGGUCACCACUGUAAAUUGUUUUAUAUGGCUUGCCAGGAUGAAUGAUAAUUAAAAUGAACAAGCUUCUGUGAAAUAGCGAUGUGCAUAUUUGUAAUACAGAUUUUAACCAUAAAACUGUCUAUAGAUA